AUGGACAGAGUAAUGAGAAUGUCGUCAGAGAAAGGAGUGGUGAUCUUCACGAAGAGCUCAUGCUGUCUCUGCUACGCCGUUCAGAUCCUGUUCCGUGACCUUAGGGUUCAACCAACGAUCCACGAGAUAGAAAACGACCCGGACUGCCGUGAGAUCGAGAAGGCUCUUCUCCGUCUCGGUUGCUCCACGUCGGUGCCAGCUGUCUUCGUCGGAGGCAAGCUCGUUGGUUCCACCAAUGAAGUCAUGUCCCUUCACCUUAGCGGCUCUCUCGUCCCCUUGAUCAAGCCCUAUCAGUCCCUCCUUUACUAG